UGACGGUCAGCAAGUCCAAGUCCUGAUAGAGUUCACCGUGCUAAAGUGACGCUGCCGUAUUAAAUGAUGAAUGAGUCAGAUUAAAUAAACCUGAGCGCAAGUGCUUUUGUUUGUGUCCGUUCACUUUUCUAGUCCAUCUAUUUGUGUUUUAAUCUGAUUUUGUAAAUAAAAUACAUAAGUAAAUCAGUUUUUUAGCUAUAUCUGUAUGACUGCGUCACUUAAACUUGCUGACUUUAGAAUAAAUAAUCUGGAAUUGUAGUUUUCUCUUGGCUUCACCUGGAUAUAAAAAAUGAAGCGCUUCAUUUGUCCGUCGGUGAGACAUUCAAGUUUUAACUGUGUUUCACAGAAAUUCUCUAAAAAUGAUAUUCUUAAAUCACAACAGAGUUGACCAUUUUCUCUGUUGUUGACAAACAUUUGUUGUCAUCAUUUUAUUUGGUGGCGAUUCUGCAUGUGUGUGUCUGCAUGGGGCCUCGGGGGUCUUUAACAGCAACAGUGUCACUGUGUUGUAGAUGAGACAUAAACAAGUUCUCCACGGGAAAGUGACCUCGUGCGCCUGCAGGUUCAGAGCGUGGACCGCCCUCUGUACCGAGGAACCUUCCACUGCUUCCAGUCCAUCAUCCGCCAGGAGUCGACUAUGGGUCUCUACAAGGGCAUCGGGUCUCCCAUGAUGGGUCUGACCUUCAUCAAUGCCAUCGUCUUCGGCGUCCAAGGGAACGCCAUGCGCAAACUGGGGCGCGACACGCCGCUGAACCAGUUCCUGGCCGGAGCAUCAGCAGGAGCCAUCCAGUGCGUCAUCUGCUGCCCGAUGGAGCUCGCCAAGACCCGCAUGCAGAUGCAGGGAACCGGGGAGAAGAAGUCUAAGAGGAAACUGUACAAGAAUUCCCUGGACUGUCUGGUCCGGAUCUACAACAAGGAGGGAAUCCGGGGUAUCAACCGGGGUAUGGUGACCACGCUGCUUCGAGAGACGCCGGGCUUCGGCGUCUACUUCCUCACCUAUGACGUGCUGACGCGCUCACUGGGCUGCGAGCCCGAAGACCCCUACAUGAUCCCGAAGCUGCUGUUCGCCGGGGGGAUGUCAGGGAUCGCCUCCUGGAUCUCCACCUACCCCGUGGACGUGAUCAAGUCGCGGCUGCAGGCGGACGGCGUGGGUGGCGUGCACCAGUACAGCAGCAUCAUGGACUGCGUGCGGCAAAGCGUGAAGAGGGAAGGUUGGAGGGUCUUCACCCGCGGACUCACGUCCACACUGCUGCGGGCGUUUCCUGUCAACGCCACCACUUUCGCCACCGUGACGCUCUUCCUGAUGUACAUGCGGCGUGAGGACGAGUGUAGCGUGCCGGACUCUGAGACGCAGGCCGUCCUCCUGCAGGCGCCGUCCACGCAGCCCACCAGCAUGUGACACUGCUGCGGGUGAAUAUUUAAGUGACUUUGGAAAAUAAGUCGCCGCCUUUUAGUUUUGUACAAAUCGCACUUCUGACAAAAGUUUUAACUUGAACCUCUGGGGGCGCUGUAAAUAUGCUCACUGCAAAAAUAGUUGAGCGCUGCUGCUAGAAAUCAGCCUCAAGUCAGGCUGCAAGGUCAAAGGUCAACACAAGUUUUAACAGUAUAUUUAAAAAAAUGAAUCUAAACGCCAAAGUCUGCUGUUAGACCAUCGUCUGAUAAUCACACUGUUUAUUGAAUCAAAUGUUUUUGUUUGUUUCUUCUCAUUUUAAUUGUAUAUUUAAAAAUGCUUUGUUAAAUUCAUCAAAGUCGAAGUGACGUGACGUUGUUACAAAUGUUUCUGUCGCCAUCUACAGGUCAACGUGAGGAACUGAAAUCUAGUUUUUCCUCUAGUUUUAAUUAUUUAUUGGUGUGGGAGAUCGCAACACUUAAAGGUCUGAGGAGAUGAAACUUGAAUGUUGGUCACUUUCGUUCGUCUGAACCUGCUGAUUCAAAUCUUUGUCUACAGACACGCUGAUGUAAAUGAUUCAAUAAACUUAUUUUUUUUCUA